AUUUUUGCGACUUUUUCUUCUCCCCGCAAAUAUUUUAUUCUGCCUGGCCUCUGCCCGUCCCUUUCCCUCUCUCUAUCCUCGCCCCAUCCCUUUCCUCCUGUAGUAAAAAUCGGGUCUUCCUUUCUACAUUUUUUCACUUCUUUCCCAGUAUGGGCCUUCCUCCUCCUUCCAUUUCUCUAUGAGCUAAUACACACAGAGAGGAAGGCGCACCCGCAGCUACUUUGGCGACCAGAGCGGCCAACAGUGUCGCUGAUGAGAGAAGAAUUUGGGUACUAGGGUAUGAACUUCCUCAACGUCGUGUACUUGGAGUUCCCCUUCCAAGCUCCACCAUUUUUGAUCGGAGAGCUGAAAGAUGGACAGGAACAGGUUGGAUUUAAGAUUGCAUGAUUCUGGAUCAACGCAGUCAGACGAAUCUGCUUUGGAUAUGGAAAGAAACUGUUGCAAUCAUUCUAGUCUUCCUUGGUCAAGUCCAUCCUCAUUGCAGCCCAUUGCAUCAGGCGGUCAGCACUCAGAAAAUAAUGCUGCCUACUUCUCUUGGCCUACCCUUAGUAGAUUGAAUGACACGGCCGAGGAUAGAGCCAACUAUUUUGGUAACCUUCAGAAGGGGGUGUUGCCAGAAACUCUUGGCAGGUUACCUUCAGGGCAGCGAGCCACCACUUUACUUGAAUUGAUGACCAUCAGGGCAUUUCAUAGCAAAAUCUUGCGUCGGUUUAGCCUUGGCACGGCAAUUGGGUUUAGGAUCCAAAGGGGUGUUUUAACUGACAUUCCUGCUAUUCUUGUCUUUGUUGCCCGGAAAGUACAUAGACAAUGGCUAAGUCAUGUCCAGUGUCUACCUUCUGCCCUUGAGGGACCAGGAGGUGUUUGGUGUGAUGUGGAUGUGGUCGAAUUCUCAUACUUUGGUGCUCCUGCCCCUACGCCUAAGGAACAACUGUAUACUGAGCUUGUUGAUGGGUUAAGGGGAGGUGAUCCAUCAAUUGGUUCUGGAUCCCAGGUGGCUAAUCAAGAAACCUACGGAACCUUGGGUGCUAUAGUGAAGAGCCGAACAGGAAACAGACAGGUCGGUUUUCUCACAAAUCGACAUGUUGCAGUUGAUUUGGAUUAUCCAAACCAGAAAAUGUUUCAUCCUUUACCUCCCAGCCUUGGGCCUGGGGUUUACUUGGGCGCGGUGGAGAGAGCAACCUCUUUCAUCACGGAUGAGCUAUGGUAUGGAAUAUUUGCUGGAACAAACCCAGAAACAUUUGUGCGGGCGGAUGGUGCCUUCAUUCCUUUUGCAGAAGAUUUCAACAUGAACAAUGUCACUACAUUGGUCAAAGAUGUGGGAGAGAUUGGUGAUGUACAUGUAAUAGACUUGCAAUCUCCGAUCAGCAGUCUCAUUGGCAGGCAAGUGGUGAAAGUAGGAAGAAGCUCUGGAUUGACAACUGGUACAAUAAUGGCCUAUGCUCUGGAGUACAAUGAUGAGAAAGGGAUUUGCUUCUUUACUGAUUUCCUUGUCGUCGGGGAGAAUGAGCAGCAACCAUUUGAUCUUGAAGGGGAUAGUGGUAGCCUCAUUCUCUUAACUGGCGAGAAGCCACGACCAGUUGGAAUAAUUUGGGGUGGGACUGCUAACCGAGGCAGGUUGAAGUUAAAAGUGGGCCAACCACCAGAGAAUUGGACUAGUGGGGUUGAUCUUGGCCGCCUACUUGAUCUCCUUGAACUUGACCUCAUCACAACGGCAGAAGGACUUCAAGCUGCAGUGCGAGAUCAAAGAAACGCAUCAGCGACAGCAAUCGAUUCUACUGUUGGAGAGUCUUCACCUCUUACUGUACGAGUUCCAUCAUCGACCAAAAAAAUGGAAGAGUGCUUUGAGCCCUUUAAUUUGAACGAUAUUAGUCAAGUUGAAUACGAAUUGCACGAGACACCAACACCUCCUUCUAUCCGGCACGAGUUCCACAUAGAUGAUGGUGCAGAAGUCACUCCCAGUGUAGAACACCAGUUCAUUCCAAGCAGCUUCACAGUGGGUUCUCUGGCCCACGUUGACAACAAGCAGCAGAAGCAACCGAAAGAGGACCACGGACUGAAGAAGGACCUUUCAGCAUUAUUGCAGAAUGGAGCCGGUGAAGAGAUGUCUGUGUCAUUGCAGUUGGGUGAGCCUGAGCCAAAGAAGAGAAGAAAGCAGCCUGGAUCAUCUCUCAGCAUUAAAGAAGAAUCAAAAUGAAGCCGCAAGAAAGUGAAUAUCCAGGUCAUGAAUGCCAGUUCGUCAAUAUAGUUCGCUUAUGCUUGGCUUCGGAGAGGUUGGAAGUUGUAAUUAUCAUGUGGAGUCAGAAGUUGCAGAGACGAUCUUUAAAGAGUACUAAUCCGGGCUUCUUUUUGUUUUUCUCUUUUAAUUCCAGGUCUUGUUUUUAAGGUUAUGAGAUUUUUAGUCUAAAAUGAACUAUGUGGGCAGGAAGAAUGUUGAGGGGCAGGCUGGCCCUUCAUUGAAAGUGCCCUUUGAUGUUGUAUCUCUUACAAGGAGAAAUCGUUAAUGUAUAAUAAAGCACUCCAAGAAAGAUAGGAGUUGCAAAAUGCAAGACUAGUUAAGCUAAGCCACAGUAUAUAUAUUACACCUUGAAUGGAAUAGGGAUUGCUUGUUAUAUGAAGGAAAGAAAUCUUGGAACUGGGGGAAUGGAAUGCAUGUUCUGCCAUCAGACUAAUGAGGGUAGAGAAUAUUUGCAGUCUGUUCUUUGUAUCGAUAUCUAGUUGCAGCUUUGUUGAAGAACUGUAAUCAUAAUCCAAGUAGCCACUGAGAAUGAGA